AUGAUUCAGAGCACAUCACUGGCAAUCAAAUUAAGUUUUUAUCGAAAAAAUCGUCAAUACUGCACUGUUCGUUUAUCGUUUCUGGUGCUGCUUAAAAGCAAAAUUACUGUUACGAUACCCCGUGGUCUGCAGCCUUCAUCUCGGUUUAUCGCAAAAUCUGAAAAUAACAACAAAUUUUUACGCCUUUUAUUGGAAUUGGAACUGCUGUAUGGAAUUGCUGGAACGAGAUUACCGACUUAUUUCACAGAUAGCGACUGGAUGAAAUAUAUUCAAAUGACCAGUAUUAUCGAAAGAUGUUGCUAUUUGCAUCAACUUUAUGAAAGUAGGAAAAAAAUUGAAGAGAAGCAAGAAAUGAAGAAGCGUCGAGAUACGGAAAUUGCUCAUAAUGGACGCUUUCCUAUCAACACUCUUUAUUACUUUGGAAGAGAAGAUUUCAAAAGAUUUGCUUACGAAAUAUUCGGUUGUCGGUUAUUAGCUGCAUGGCGUUGCAAAGAUUCGUUUCCGCCAUUGUUAGUUGAUUGCUGUUACUUAGCCGAUUUGAAUCAUUCGACACGGAGAACUCUAGUAAAGCAGAUGAAAGAUCUGGUGCUUGACAACAGCUUGCAGCGAAAUCCGUUUCCAGUCGUUUUUGUAAAUUAUCGCACUACAAUUAACAUCGCUGAAGAGAUUGUGAAUUCUUGGCUUCGGAAGCGUUGUUUGCCAAAAUAUCGCCCGUCCACUGCUAAUGGAAGUGAAGAAGGGCCCGAAGAACUUUCCGAUGAUAAAAGUUACAAAGAAACUAAGAAUCGUACCUGUGCUCCAUUUAUUCCUGUUGUUACAUCAGCAACAGUUCGUGAAUGCCUUGGCUGCACUAGCCCUGAAGAAAUUGCUUAUAUUAACCCGCGAGCUGCAGAAUAUUUACCACUCCCGCUUUCGAAAUAUAAAGCAUUCGUGUUGUGCGCCACUCCGGACAAUAAAUUAAUGAAUUCUGCUUUUCAGGCGGCCAAAACUGAGCAGUUAAAUUCUUAUAAACUGCCCAUCACUAAAUUUUUGAAUCUGGGCCAAACAGCGGUUACAAUGCCCCUGCGGAUCACAGCAAACAUAAUUCGUGACGUUUACGCAAGAGAUUUUGAGUGGAGAACGGCAUUCGACAAACACAUACCUUAUUUCAAUAUAUUGGCUAGUGAUAUGUAUCGAAACCACGAUAGUGAUAAAGAUACUCUUCAGGCACUUUUUAUUUCAGUUAUAGAACAAUGGCUUUCGGAUGCUGAAGGAAGAGGGAAAAGGAAACGAAAGUUUUUUCAUUCAUACAGUCGGGAAGAACGAAGGGCGAUACGGGCCAUGCUUGCAGAACAAAAUCUGUCGAGAGGAUUCAAUUAG